CGAAUUCAAGAACGAAGUGAUCUUGAUUACUAAACUGCAGCAUAGGAAUCUGGUUAGGCUAGUGGGAUGUUGCAUUCAUCAAGAUGAGAGAAUGCUGGUUUAUGAGUACAUGCCCAACAAGAGUUUGGACUUGUUCAUCUUUGGUCAGUCUCUUUACUAUGUAUUUGCUUUUCUCUUAGGAAUAUCCUCAAACUCCUUCAAUCUUCCUAGAUCAAAGAAAGGAUACAUCUCUAGAGUGGCCCCCACGCUAUGAUAUAAUAGUAGGCAUUGCUCGCGGACUUUUAUACCUCCAUCGCGAUUCAAGAUUGAGAAUUAUUCACAGGGAUCUAAAAGCAAGCAAUAUUCUCCUCGAUAGUGAAAUGAAUCCAAAAAUUUCAGACUUUGGGCUAGCAAGAAUGUUUGGGGCCGAUCAGUAUCAAGAAAAUACAAAGAGAGUGAUGGGAACCUACGGAUAUAUGGCCCCAGAAUACGCAGUAGACGGCUUCUUCUCUGUCAAGUCCGAUGUCUUCAGCUUCGGAGUGUUGGUGUUAGAGAUAAUAAGUGGCAAGAAGAAUAGGGGAUUCUAUCAUCCUGACCACGACCUCAAUCUCUUAGGACAUGCAUGGAAAUUAUGGAGGGAAGGAAGCCCUAGGGAUAUUGUGGAUGCAUCGAUUCCUAACAAAGAAUCUAUGGAAGUGCAAAGAUGUAUCCAAGUUGGGUUGUUAUGCGUGCAACAACGACCAGAAGACCGGCCUAAAAUGUCCAACGUUGUCGUAAUGUUGGACAGUGAGCAUCCAGUUUUGGAACAACCUAACCAACCGGGUUUCUACACUCAACGUACAAUACUCGACAUAGAUUCCUCUUCCACCGGGAAGAUACCAAACACUUUCAACGAAAUUACCUUUACAUUGCUCCAUGGUCGAUAGAUUAAGUAAAAAUUCAGACAUGUAGCCAGUAGUUUGUUCAACCAAUCAUAAUUGCAUGAACCAAUUAUUUUCUCAAUUUUCUCUAUUUAUGCAU